CAGGGCACGGACUCAGACGCUUACCAGCAACAGCGAUGCCGGGCUCGGAUUCGCCCAAAUACAGCUGCGCGUGUGGGCUAUCUCAAGACGAAAAGAAGAGGAAGUGGUUUGCAGGACGGUGUCCGGUGUGUCACACCAAGACCAAAUACCCCCUGAGGCCGCAGGGGUCGUUCGACACGGCCACAGCCGACAGAGCGGGCAGAGAAGGCUCACCGGCGGAACUGGGGCACACCGGCCGGAGUCGCAGUGAGGAGCGGCUGCACGGGUGCCGACUCACAGACCUGCCGCCGCCGCUGUACUGCCGGCGCCCGGUGCAGCGCCAGACCAGCACCGAGUGCCUGGACCCGGCCGCCCUCUCCACCAGCCCGCCGCCGUCCUACCACAGCGUCAGCAGCUCGCACGUGCUGCCGAGCUACGAUGACGUUCACGGGGGCCGGAGCCGUCAUGCGGCGCAGCCUACAGCCGCAGGCGCGACGCUGGCGGCGGCGCCGGUCGCCGAAUCUCGCGGCUGCGAGCCCAGCUGCGGCUGCGGGCGGGCCGAGCUGGAGCAGCGCGACUUUGCGCGGCUAGCGGACCAGUACCAGAGCAUCGAUGAACAAAUAUGCCCUUGCGCUAGGUGCCAGGAACGAUACCGCGAGCUGUACCAGCAGAUGAACGAUGAUACCGCCUUGCCGAUGGCGACUCCGAUGCUGAUGCAAGACGUCCUGACCGACGGCCUGGCGUUCUGCUCGCUGAUGUAGAGUCGUUUGACGCUCCAUCGGUCGCCGUGGUCAUCUGGGGGCUCUGCUCGCUGAUGUAGAGCCGUCUGACGCUCUAACGACCGCCAUGGUCAUCUGAGGGCUCUGCUCGCUGAUGUAGAGCCGUCUGACGCUAUAACGGCCGCCAUGGUUAUCUGGGGGUUCUGCUCGCUGAUGUAGAGCCGUCUGACGCUGUAACAGCCGCCAUAGUCAUCUGAGGGCUCUGCUCGCCGAUGUAGAGCAGUCCGACGCUCCACCGGCCACCAUAGCCAUCUGGGGGCUCUGCUCGCCAAUGUAGUGUUAUCUGGAGAUCUGCUCGCUGGUGUAGUGAUAUAUGGAGCUAUGCUCGCUUGUGUAGUGAUAUGUGGAGCUCUACUCGUUGGUGCAAAGCCGUCUAGUUCUCCACUAGUUGGUGUGAAGCCGUGUGGCGCGCUGCUCACUGUCAUGACGGUCGCCUGCCUUGUGUUUACGCAGGAACGCCCGCAGGCCCGUCGCGUCGCUUUACGUGUGACUGAUCGCCGCAUCGGGGAUCAUAGCUCCCACCGCGUGACGUCACAGUCGCGUGCCAAACUAUCUAUAUCGGCCAGGUUCGAGGCAUCGCCUCCGUGUAGCUCCGGUCGCUGCGACAAGAGACGCGCCAGUGUCGGUGCAAGAAGCGUAGUGGUCGCGCCUCGGCCUUCGGCUGUAAUGGCCCAUGGCCCAUGCCGUCCGCGCGCGAGAAACAACCAGGUUGGGAUAAGUCCAUACACUGCCACGGUGACGGCUGCUUCAUCGACAUGCCAUGCCUAUCAGCAGUCGUGCAAGCCCCCGACAUGGUCGCGAUACAUUUGCAACCUUACGUUGUUGCCGUGCCCCACAUCAGGAAGAACGAUGCACCUCAGCGGUGUCCACCCACACCGAGCACGGAACGGAAACGCUUGCAAGCUGUUAUCGAUUCUGGUGAUGUCCCCUUCCCCCAUUGAGUCUGAGGUGAAAAACCCAACCGUAAUGUGCCACAAAAGUUUUCUUCCCCGAAUUCGAGGCAAGACAUCUGGGGCUGGUAGCCCACCGCACCUGAACUAAUCAGUCGCAGUGCAGUUCUCCAAGUCAGGGCAUGUCGCAUCACGCUUCCGAGUAGCAAGCUAACAGGACGCGUGCCGCUGGGAUAAGGCGGAAUCCGGGCCGGACGCAGAAGCUAGAAAACUGCGUGCCAGCCGGGUACACGCAUCACUGAAAGACGGCAGCAGCUAGAAGCAAAACAGGUGUGCGCACUGCAGGAAGCAGCUAUGUUACUGCCACCACUUAUGACCAUGAGCCAUGACGCGACUGGUUUUUGUCCCGUGCGCGCCACAAUGAACGUCUCAGAGAGCUUGGGCAGGGAUGGCAUUGGAAGGAAGGCACGGCAGACGAGUGGUAUGUUCGCUCGUGCGGACGGCAGCUCUGUCGACACGCGCCCUAGCACCGCCGUGUUGUGCCAGGUGACUUGUUUUUGGCAGCGCGUAUCGUCCUUUGUGCCACGUUCCAUCUUUCCGUCAAAGUAACUGCUGUGCAGCAACGCUGUAUAUAUUAACGAGAUAGAUGCAUAUUUUCAGAAUGGAACGCUUUGGUCGUAUUUCCUGUGUAACGUCGGCAAUGUUAAUACAGUACAUCCAGUACGGCGCGCCGCCCCCUGCUGGAAGGCUGCAACCCUGUGUCGUUGUUCGGCGUGGAGGCCCACGCUCAGCCGCCGUCGUCCCACCGUUCAUGGACUACGUGCACUCUCCAGUGCGCUUCCUCUCCAAACCGGCGUUGGCCGCGGCUGCGGCCGCCAUCCACGUGUUGACCUUGAGCUGGCGGGAAGGCACCGGCGCCGGAGUCGGCCAAGGCGGUACGUCGCCGGCCGAGCCAGCCGUCGACUCAAUGGCAGGAAGGCUGGCAGACGAGUCGCUGCUGGUCGACUGGUGCGAGGCGGCGCGGCCGGCGGC